UUCGGUUUGUUUGGUGCUGCGUAUGUCUGAAACUGCUGAUCGCGCAUGCGCACAUCUACAGCUGUGACUGUGCAGAGGGAUGAUUGUUGAAGCUCCAUCACUGAAUAAAACGGAGAGAUGGAAGCAGGAGGCGUUAAGGAGAACCAAGAAGGAGAGAGGAGGAAGCUGCCCAAACUGAAGAACCCUGCUAAGCUCUGGAAGAACCGCAAACAGCGGAAGCACACCGACACUGCAGAUCCUCAAAGAACCUCAGAAAGAACACCAUCAGCAGGAGGCGUUAAGGAGAACCAAGAAGGAGAGAGGAGGAAGCUGCCCAAACUGAAGAACCCUGCUAAGUUCUGGAAGAACCGCAAACAGCGGCCCCACAUCAACAAUGCAGCAGAUGAGUUGGACUGUGAGGAGGUUCCUGAGCAGCAGCAGGAGGAGGAGAAGGGGCAGUUGGAGGAGGAGAGCAGUAGGCUCAUUAUCAGGGAGGAGCAGCUGUUCAGUCAAGACUCCCGCAGUGAGGAGGAGGAGGACCAGCUGCAGAAAGACUUUGAGGCUCUGAACCUGCAGAUGUGGAUGGCCGUCCACAGCACCUUCAACACCUCCACCACCUCCUCCUCCUCCUCGGAGCACCUAAAGGUCCUGAGGAGUGCUGUGGCCUCCAUCCAGCAGCAGGAGGAGCAGGACCGGCGCUGGGCAGGCUGUCCGGAGGAGAGAGUCCCGGUGUGGCGUCCUCAGAAGUGUCUCAGCACUCACAACACUCUGCUGCAGAAUAUGGUGGUGUCCAGACUGAUGAAGGCUGCUGAGGAAGACUGCGGUGAAGCCAACAGACUGUCGUCUCCUCUGAAGAAAGAGGUGUGUCGUAUGGGGAAGCGUGUGAAGGAGGACCUGCUGACGGUGGUGAGGACGGUGCAGGACUGCUACCCUCCACAGAUGGACAUCCUGAAUGUGUAUUCUGGACUCUUCCAUCAGAGCUUCUCUGCUCGGCUGACUGAACUCGCUGCUUCUGAACUGGAACAAGACGACUGCAGCUACCUGCUGUUCUGGAUCAACCAAUACUAUCCACAUGAAAUAUUAAACCAUGAGGAACUGAAGGGAAAGGUAAAGACGGCCUGUCUGGGUUCUCUGCUGCUGCAGGACCAUCUGAACCGACUGGAGGACCAGUUCCUGACCCACAAAGAGGAAAACGUGAAGUUGUGGCUGAACACAGCUCUGACAAAAGAAGAGGAGAGCUGGCUGAGCGGCCAGAAACCUGAACUCAUCGACCAGUGCUACUUCAGUCCACUGGCUAUAGAUGUCAUACAGUUGAUGAACAAACCCCUGACUGAGUUCAGUUGUGCCAUCACAGAGCAGGGGAAAGCUCACAGGAUCACAGCUCACCUGGAAAGUUUCUUCUGCAGCUAUAAAAAGUGCCUGGAGGAGUUUGUGAAGGGAAACCACAACAACGCUGGCUCAGUGAUAAAAGCUCACCUGGUCUGUGAGCAGCAGUUCAGGGUUUACAUCACAAGUGAAACAGGAAGUCUGUCGGAGCAGCAGAGACGUCGCUGUCUGGAAACUCUGUCGGCCCUGAAGGAUUGUGGGUACAGGUAUUUCACCUGUCCCAUUCAAAUCCAGCUGAAGGUGUAUUUCACUCAGCUGUGGACGUCGGUCUGGUUGGACGGGUCACUUCCUGUCGUCGACUCUCUGCUGGACUCUCUGAACGAACAGCUGACCGACCUGACUGACCUGAAACCAGCCUGCAGACAGUCCCUGCUGUGUGUCCUCCAUCAGAACCUGGCUCUUCAGUAUGUGAAGAGGACGAUGAAGACCAGGGCGCGGAGCUCAGAGCAGCAGGUGGGCGGAGCUCAGAGGAUGACCGAAGACGCCCGAACGAUCAAUGACUUCUUCAACGAAAGGGGCUGCAGUGAGUCUCUGUGGCUCGGUGAGAUGCUCUGCAGCGUUGCUGAGGUUCUUCGUCUGCAGGAUCCUGGAAGUGUUCAACUGGAGGUCGUCAAUCUGGCCAGAACGUUCCCCGACUUCAGUGACGCUCACGUGUCAGCACUGCUGUCUCUCAAAACCGGCCUAUCGGCUGCUGACGUUCGCUCCAUCAGGCGUAGCGUGGAGGAGAAUCGCCACCUCGAUGUCACCACCAAUGAGAGCCAUCCAUUCUUCUCCAAGGUCAAGGUCAAAUGGAUCAAUAGUAAGAUCAAUCGGAUGGGGCUGUAGACCUGAACUGUUCCAGUAUGUUGGCCAGUUAGUAUGUUAGUCGUCACUAAACAGUAUGUUAUGUGUGUUCAUCACAGUGUGUUAAUGCUUUAUCACAUUUGACUUUGAAAGUCUGCCAAUGGUUACAGGCGGCCAUGUUGAAGGACAGAAAGCUAAAGAAAUAGUUAGCUUUAAAUGUAAAGACGGCCUCUGCUGGUCCAAUCUGAUGUGGUGUUCCUCAGGGUUCCAUUCUGGAUCCUCUUCAGUUCCUUCUGUCUGUUAGGAACCAUUAGAGAACAUGGUCCUCACUAUAACUGUUGUAAUGUUUGGACCAUAGAAACAAAAUAGGAGUAGAAGGGGCCAUUGAAUUGUUGUCUGUGGUAAUUUGACUAGUACAAAAAAAAUGGCGAUUGUUGUUAGUUGUUAUGGUGACGACAGAAGCCACGUCAGUGGGGCUUCAAAGCUUGCGGACGCAGUUCGCCGUGAAGAGAACGGAUGCAGCUCCCGGAGACAACUGGCUAGCUAGUUAGUUCGGUAGAUAGUUAGCUAGGUAGCUUGUCCCCCAGGCGGAGGGACCGUCUAGACCCGACACUGCCACUGCCCACCAUCCCACUGCCCAACUGCCCACUAGCCCUCUCCCCACCAGCCCGCUGCCCAACAGCGUCAAUGCGCGGUUGAACAAUGUGGUACUUUCGCAAAAGCCCUGGGGGAGUCUUGUGUACGUGUCUUGUUGUCCCUCGUACUUGAAUGCAAACAAGUACCGUAAGUCUGGAGGUACACCGAAAAAAGCAGGACAAAGAUCAAUUACUGUAUACCAUCUCGCUUCAGGUGGAAUAUUAGAAAGCAGUGUAUGUGGAUCGGGAACAACAGGCACUUCAGUAUCUACAAUGGCAUUGAUUGCUCUUAAAUCAUGUACCAGCCUGUAGUCUUUAGAGUGUGGUUUCCUUACGGGAAAGACUGGGGCAUUGCAGGGGUUUCUGGUUCUAACCAACACUCCUGCUUUUACCAACCCCUCAAUGGUGGGUCCUAUCCCCGCGAUGGCAUGUUGUUGAAGUGGAUACUGCUUUUGAUAUGACAACUUGGUUUGCGACGCCAGUGCUUUGGAGGUCUUCAAAGACUUUAUUUAAGGAGGACACUCAAAGAGAAUUAUUGCGAUUCUGUAAUUUAUGUGUUAUUAUUACUACUUGAUCCUUCUGGGAAUGAGGAGUCAUUCACUAAUCUAUUCAGGAUUAUGUCAGAUCUCUCUGAAGUUUGCUAUCGCAGCAACCGAUCUGUUAAUUUGUUCUCCGUUUUUGACACUCAACAGGCAGAUCAGUCUAGAGCUCCGUUUUGGUUUUACCUCUCUUUGUAAAUAUUGCUUACUUAUUAUCGGCUUAGUUUUAUAUUAUUUUAAUGUUGUCUUACUUUUUUAAUGUCAAUAGUUAUACUUUACUUUAUUGCUCUCCUUUUUCUACUUCUAGUGUUAUCUUUCGUUGUCUUCUACUAUUACUCUUGUUUUGUUUGUUAUUAUUUUGUAUCUGUUGUUAUUUAUUUUUAUGUUUGAAAUAAAGUCAUUCAUUCAUUCAUUCAUUCAUUCAUUCAUUCAUUCAAACAAUUUAGGUGUGACUUUUAUUACUGUAAUUUUAACAAUUUUGACUUAGUUAAUCUUAGCUAGAUUCUUUGGGCAGGGGGAAGCAGAGUUACCUUAAAAAUCUGGGCAGAGUGCCAGCUCUGCACAAGGACACAUUCAGUCUUUGAAGAAAAAAGCUCUUCUUGCCUCUUUUGGUGGCCACCAACUGGUAUCUCAGGGUGCAGGCAGGUUCCCCCCAGGUCCUCAGGCUUUCUCAAUAGUGCCAGCUCUUGGCUGGCUCGCCAAAUGUAGAAGCAAAGUGUCUCAGACCUUGGGCCAAAGGGUGUCUGGAAACCUUGAUCAACUUUCUUCAAAAAUCAAUGUUCAUGAUGUCAAAAAGUCAACACAGGAUCCUCAAAUAACUCUCUGGAGACAGUCCAAGUCUGAUGCAAAAAGCAGAGUUUUUAUUGUGUUCUAUUGGAACAGCUAACACAACCAAAACCCGAGCCUGGUCCGGAACAGACUGACUAUGGGGUCUAAAACACAGCCUUACAGACAAUUCUGAGGGGCUUUUGAUUAUCAGUGGUUGUUCAGAUUAAACAAGGUACUGGGGGAGUUAGGGACUUUUCCAGUCUUAUCAAGUUAUGGAUUAGCUCAUUCAGACACCUUGUGAUGGUUCACAAACAACUGUAGGACAAAGCCAGGGUCAUGUAGGGACAUUACUAAGGGCUACAGAACAUCAUAACAGUAACAGUGAUUAUAUGCUUUUCAAUAAGGUUAUAUGAUCAAUAUUCU